CCCAUAUUCAAAGUCUCUCUCUCUUUCUCUCUCUCAAAAAUCCUAUAUAAACAGAAUCUGAUACCAAACACAAGGCCGCUAAUUCUCUGUCCUAUCGAAACAUCACCCAUCUCGUAUUUCGUGUCCGCCGAGUUUGUUGGAAGAUGAGGCUGUUGAAAGUAGCCACGUGCAAUCUGAACCAAUGGGCAAUGGAUUUUGACUGCAAUUUGAAGCACAUUAAGGAAUCCAUAUCAAGAGCCAAAGAAGCUGGUGCUGUCAUCAGGCUUGGACCCGAGCUCGAAAUCACUGGCUAUGGCUGUGAAGAUCAUUUCUUGGAACUAGAUACAGUCAAUCAUGCCUGGGAGUGCUUGAAAGAAAUACUGCUUGGUGAUUGGACGGAUGGCAUAUUGUGCAGCAUAGGAAUGCCUAUUAUUAAAGGAUCAGAGCGUUAUAAUUGUCAAGUUUUUUGUUUUAACCGGAAAAUUGUCAUGAUACGGCCAAAGAUGUGGCUUGCAAAUGACGGCAAUUACAGGGAGCUUCGGUGGUUUACAACAUGGAAGCAAGAGGACCAGCUUGUAGAAUUUCAGAUCCCACCUGAGAUUUCUGAGGCCUUGUCACAGAAAUCAGUGCCUUUUGGUUAUGGAUACAUUCAGUUUUUGGACACAGCUGUUGCGGCUGAAAUUUGCGAAGAGCUUUUUGCUCCUAUUCCUCCCCAUGCUGAGCUUGCAUUGAAUGGAGUCGAAGUUUUCUUGAAUGCCAGUGGAAGUCACCACCAAUUGAGGAAGUUAGAUCUUCGGCUUCGGGCUUUUAUUGGUGCUACUCAUACUCGUGGAGGGGUAUAUAUGUACAGUAACCACCAGGGCUGUGAUGGUGGUCGGCUAUAUUAUGAUGGUUGUUGUUGUGUUGUUGUAAAUGGAGAGGUGGUUGCUCAAGGCUCACAGUUCUCCUUGAAGGAUAUUGAGGUGGUGGUUGCUCAAGUAGAUCUUGAUGCGGUUGCUAGUUUAAGAGGAUCUAUAAGUAGUUUUCAAGAACAAGCAAGUUGCAAAAGCAGAGUAUCAUCAGUAACAGUGCCUUACAAUAUUUGCCGACCUUUUAACCUGAAAAUGUUACUUUCCAGUCCACAGAAGAUCAUGUAUCAUUCUCCUGAGGAAGAAAUAGCAUUUGGUCCUGGCUGCUGGCUAUGGGAUUAUUUAAGAAGAAGUGGAGCUUCUGGGUUUCUGCUUCCACUUUCUGGUGGCGCAGACAGUUCCUCUGUAGCAGCUAUAGUUGGAUGCAUGUGCCAACUUGUUGUCAAAGAAAUUGCAAAUGGAGAUGAACAAGUUAAAGCUGAUGCAAUACAGAUCGGGAAUUACACUGAUGGGCAGUUUCCUGUUGACAGCAAAGAAUUCGCUAAACGCGUAUUUUAUACAGUAUACAUGGGUUCUGAAAAUAGUUCUGAAGCCACAAAGAUGCGGGCUAAGGUUUUAGCAGAUGAGAUUGGUUCAUGGCAUCUUGACGUUUGCAUAGAUGGUGUUGUUUCAUCUCUGCUAUCUUUGUUUCAGACUCUUACUGGGAAACGACCACACUAUAAGGUUGAUGGGGGAUCCAAUGUUGAGAACUUGGGGUUGCAGAACAUCCAAGCUCGAAUCAGAAUGGUGCUAGCUUUUAUGUUAGCAUCAUUGCUGCCCUGGGUUCACAAUAAAAAAGGGUUUUAUCUUGUUUUAGGAAGCUCUAAUGUGGAUGAAGCAUUACGUGGUUACCUUACAAAGUAUGACUGCAGCGCAGCUGAUAUAAACCCAAUUGGAAGUAUUAGCAAGCAGGAUCUUCGGAUAUUUUUGCGAUGGGCUGCCAACCACCUUGGUUACUCAUCCCUGGCAGAAAUCGAAGCAGCUCCACCCACUGCUGAGCUGGAGCCUAUUCGUUCUAACUACAGCCAGCUGGAUGAAGUAGAUAUGGGAAUGACAUAUGAGGAGCUAUCAGUCUAUGGAAGGCUGAGGAAAAUUUUCCGCUGUGGUCCAGUAUCAAUGUUCAAGAAUCUUUGCUACAAAUGGGGUGCAAGCUUAACUCCAUCAGAGGUGGCUGAAAAAGUAAAACACUUCUUCAAGUACUAUUCCAUAAACCGACAUAAAAUGACUGUAUUAACACCGUCAUAUCACGCUGAGAGUUAUUCACCUGAGGAUAAUCGGUUCGAUCUCCGUCAGUUCCUUUACAAUGCAAGAUGGCCAUAUCAGUUUCGCAAGAUCGAUGAACUUGUGCAAGAGUUAGAUGGUGACAAAGUUGCUUUUGAGGAGUCAGGUGAGCACGGAAAACUGGGUGCUACGUCAGGUGUUGGUGGAAUGGGAGUUGUGGCAGCAGCCUCCGGAGAUCCUAAAGCUGGCCUUUAGUUCAGUGCAAAUAACUUUACUCCCAUUCUCUAUUUUAUAGAACAAAAUCCAUUUAUAGAAGUCGUAAUAAACUCAUCUAAACUCACCCCAAUUUUUAUAUAUGUCGUCAAAGAUGUGCAGAAGAAAUAAAUUAUCUCAAUAAAAGUGGAAAAUUGAAGUGUUCAAUUUCAAAUAUUCGGAACCUACCAUCGAGAACGAGGUGUUGAGAUCAGUUUGAAACUUUUAGUUGGUGUCAACUUCUUCUAUAACUUUUUACGCAUAAAUAUAUUUGUGUCUUAAAGUCAAAAUGAACUUAAGAAACAAAAAAUUAUGAGUUUACAAUAAUUCAUGAUAUUGGUUUUUUAGAUUGAUUGAUCUAGAUGGUGACAAUGGUUGCUCAUAUCAUAAUUCUUUGGGUUGAUUGAUUCGAGUGAUAAAAGUUGUUUCUCUUAUCAUAAUUAUAAAUUUUUACUCUGUGUAUCACUUUAUGUUAUGAAUUUGCAUUUUUAAUUUCAAAAAAACAUAUGUAAAAUUAUUACUAAAUGCAAGACUUAUUUUUGAAAUUCGUGACACUCAUUUUGACCCGUGUUUACCUCGACUCCAUGUCUCAUAAGAGUUCAAAAAACCUACAUACUAAAUGAAAGAGAACCGUUACUUAUAAAUCCCAGACUUGUGUCAUAUAAUCCAAGACUUAUCAUUUCUUGAACCUCAAGGAUCGCAGGCUCACAGGAUUCUACGAGACAAACCCAGCCAAUAAGGUGUGCGGGCGGGCCAUUUAUUUUGCUCUGGUGAAGACAUUCAAGACCAAUAACCCCAUCGAAAGUUUAAGAUACACAGGAAUUAGAAAAAGUGUUCUUCCACAUAAACGGAGCCGAAUACAAAAGUAAUGAAAACAAAAAAAUCCCUUCAAACGUAUCUUCACCCAAAAAACAAGCGAAGAGAGGGGAAUAUUUCUCCCUUUCCAAAUUCUACCAUGAGAAAAAUUACAGUAUCCUCAUCUCACCUAACCUAUGCUCUCCCUUAAUCUCUCUCACCCCGUGCUUGUUCAGCGGCAGUCAAAUUUAAUUUAGAGAUAUUUAGAGUUCAUCGUGCGAGUCAUCCUCUUCAGUUGAUUCACCC